GGGCACAUUCGGUGCUUGAGUUUGAAUAUCGUUCAGGCAAUGGGGCUGGAUAUUCUGCAAGUGUAACUCGGAACCGGCCGCGUCACAGAGCAAUGUGCUUUGCAGCUUAGAGUCAGAUUACCUGAGCUUCUUCCUCAAUUAAUCGUCACUGUCACAUGAAUCGAGCCAUGUGACUUGUCUACUAUCCAUCAGUGUCGGUCUCACUUCUCGAUGGCGAUUUAACCCCCGCAGUUGGUCACGUCAUCGUCCGCACCAUACGUCUGCACUUCUAGAAUCGAGAAUUCGCGGGGCUGAACUCAGAGACGCAAAAAUCCAGAUUCUCUCAUCCCGGAUUCGCCUUCACGACUGCUGGAAUCGAGCAAACAAAUGGGGCAACGAAGGAUGAGCUCGGCCAGAUCCGCGAGGCAGGCUCUGGCAUUCAUGGUCCUUGCAGCUCUUGCAUCGAGCUGCUAUGGAGCCAUAUGCAACGAAGGCGACCAGCGAGCUCUCGUCCAGCUCAGGGACGCCUUCCUCAACAACACUCCGGGAGCCGGGGACUUCUUCCGCUGGCUGGGCAGCAAUUGCUGCAACUGGCAGGACGUGACGUGCCGGGAGUCCGACGGGAGAGUGGUCACUCUGCGGCUCACGGGUACGGGCUCCCCGGGCGAGGAUCUGGUCGCAAACCCGGCGAAACGGGGGCAAUGGGAAGCCGCGCUGGCCAGCCUCACGCAGUUGACGGGUCUGGCCUUCGGGAACGUGAAGCUCGGGUACUUCCCCAAACGGCUGCCCGCUACUCUCACCAGUCUGAGCUUCUUCGACUGCGAGAUGGAGGGAUCGAUGCCCGUCGAGGUCGGGCAGCUGAGCCGGCUGGAAAGUUUCCAAUUGAUCGGGAAGUGGGGACAGGUCACGCCGGGAGCCAAACGUCUGUCCGGAGUGAUUCCGUCGUCGAUUUGCAACUUGACGAAGCUCACCGCCCUCAUUAUCGCGCAGCACUCUUUCACGGGUAACUUUCCCGACUGCAUCCACCGGAUGACCGCCCUGUUCCUGCUCUCCGGUUACCGGAACCGGUUCAACACACCGCUACCAGCCUCUUUGGGCCGGCUGUCGUCUCUUGUCUCUUUCCAGGUUUUCGAGAAUGAGAUUCCCGGCACAAUUCCGCCGAGUCUGGGCAACAUUUCGACGCUCGGAACUUUGGAUCUCCAUCAGAACCGCCUGACGGGAACGAUUCCGAGGGAGUUCUCGAGCCUCAAGAAUUUGGCCUACCUGAGCCUGAGCAACAAUCUCCUUCACGGUAAGUUGUACCCUGAACUCUCCGGCAUGCGGAGCCUCGGAACCUUCGAGGCCGAGAAUAAUUUCCUCUACGGCGAGAUUCCAUCGACCUUCGGCAACUUCACGGCGAUGGUCGGCUUCCGGCUCCGCAAGAACCUGCUCUCGGGAUCCAUCCCCGCUACGCUCGGCGACAUGUGCUAUGGCCGGUUUUGCUCGAUCGAUAUCGGUCAGAACCGACUCACCGGCACAAUUCCCGGGGGCUUGAUCGGAAUAAAGAAAAACCCGGCGACCAACUUCGACACGGCGAACGACAUCUUCCUCGACUACAACUUCCUCACUGGACCGCUUCCCGCUUACACCGGUCAGACCCUGCGCCAAAUCAACGCCAGUCACAACCAGAUCACCGGCGGCUUCCCGCUCUCGUGGGCCCGGAUCACGCAGGUCGAUCUGACCUACAACCGGCUCGACAGCCUCGCUCAAGUCGGAGCUCUACCCGCGGAGUCUCAGAUCUUUGAGCUCCUUCUUGGGCACAACCGGCUCAGGGGGUCGUUCCCGUCGUGGCUCACCGGCCUCAUGAAAACCGUCUCCCGGCUUGACCUCUCGUGGAACUCCUUCUCCGGUGCGCUUCCCGGCGCCGUGUUCGAGAACCCGAACAUAUACUCGGUCGACGUGUCGCAUAACUAUUUCUACUCCCAACUCCCGAACGAGUCCUCGUGGCAGUUCCAAUUCAGGAACGGGCUCAUCUUCCUGGACCUCCACCACAACAGCUUCUACGGGCCCGUGCCAUCGCUGUUCGUCAGCCGAGUGCUCCGAGACUUCAUCCGCCUCGACCUGUCGGAGAAUCGCUUCUGGGGUCGGUUCCCCGACGCCUUCGGCGUCGUCGGCAGCUUCAACGCCAAGCACGUCGACCUCUCCGAUAACUUCUUCAGCGGCCCCCUUCCUGUUACCGCGGGCCGUCUGCAGAAUCUGGAGUUCCUCGACCUGUCCAAUAAUCGAUUCGGGGGGAGAGUGCCCGGUUCUUACUCCCAAUUGAAGAAGCUCAAGUACUUGAACGUGACCGGGAACAACCUCAUCGAGGCGCUCUGACGGCUAGGACUGGACCUAGCGGCCCCGAUCGUACUCCUCGGGGGCUCGUCUCUUCUUCCGGCCCGUCCCUUGGUCCUCCACUGGACUCCCCUCGGACUUGCUGAUCAGCGUUUUCAAUCAUUUGUUCAUUCCCUCGGCCACAGUCGGAGCUGGAAUUGGGUGCCUGCACUGCGCUGCCCUGCCCUGCACUGCACUGAAUGUCGACGCCUAUCGGGGAAAGACAUGUGCAAUGUGAAAGCCUCAGGGUCAGAGUUUUGUUAUAAUCCAUUGAUUAAUUUAAGAUCCGAUGGGGGAUAGUAAUAUUCUGAAAUAGUUGUAGUGAAUCGUUACUGCUAAUCUCGAUUGUGCUAUGCACGUUCGAUUCCCAGCUCGGGAAUCUGGCUGAUCAGUACAACUGUGUUUUGAGAAGACAGGGCGAAUCGACGCAAUGAGAUUGAUGAAUAUGAAAUCUUUUCCGAUUUUACCACG